CUUUUAGGAAUUUGUCCCCGGCCUGAGAAGAGGCGUUAAGUCUUCAGGGAGGGUCGCACCGUCCUAAAUUUUCAACUGUAUGCCUAAUAGUUAAAAUUGCUGUCCUGAGAGCAGAGCCGUGGGGGCUGUGGUUACUUUUCUGCAGCCAGCAGUCACGGACUUUUCACUACUGCAGCUGACUGCACAGGAAUCCCAUUCUGGUUUCAGCAGAGCUCACUGUGGUAUCAGGAGAACAACCUCUGGUCUCACGCGGAACACACGCAGCCAUACAAAAGCCAGCAUCGCACCUGGCCGAGAGGUGCCCUCAGCUGAGGGGUGGGCCCCAAAAGAGCAGCACCAGGGCUGCUGGCCCCAGUCCUGUUGCGGUGUGCAGAGCUGAGCUGCUUCUGCUGGAGUGCUGCGGUGGUGCUCCUUCCCACUUGGAACUCUUUGCAGCCUUCCCUCAGCCUGGAGCCGCGUGGUCUGAGCAGAGCCUGGAGCUCAGAAACCUUCAACUCUUGAGGUUUUACUUGUGGUAUCGAGCAAGUUGCUUUCACCAAGGAGGAGUCAUAGCAAGCGUAGCUCUCCCUUUGCUUUUUAUGCAAUAGCUACCUGUCUGCUUCUUUUACAAAUGGUGUGUCAGAUGGAGGGAGCAGAAUGCCGCAGGGUGGACUAUGACUGGCUUCAGGCUCCCCGUCACUGUGUUUAGAAGACUGAAUGUCUGGGUUGGACUGUGGGAGAAAUUCCCCUCUAAUCAACUCUUUCCCUCUUGGAGAAGAAGCAUAUUCUGUAGCUGUCAAGCAAGCACAAUAAAUGACCGAAGAUGGUUUAGCUUUUCCCCAGUAAAACUCUGUGCACUAAGACUUUCUCCAGACUAUAUCUCAGUACUCUCCCUGCGGAACAAAAGUAGCAAAAGCUCUAAGAGGAACAGACAAACUGUACAGGAGGAGGAGGAAGAGGAGGAGGCAGAUGAACAGGAAAGUGAUUUGGAAGAUGAAUUUGAAAAUGACCCCAACGUAGUAAAAGAUUACAAAGACCUUGAAAAAGUAGUGCAGUCUCUGCGAUACGAUGUGGUCAUGAAAGCUGGCUUAGACAUUGCAAGAAAUAAAGUAGAAGAUGCAUUCUACAAUAAUGAACUCAGGCUGAAUGGAGAAAAACUAUGGAAGAAAAGUAGAACUGUGAAAAUCGGUGACACGCUGGAUCUCUUAGUAGGUGAAGAUAAAGAAACAGGAACUGCUGUAGUGAUGCGGGUAGUCUUAAAAAAAGUAUCUAACAAGACUGAGAGUGAAAAAUACAGAGUAAUUUUAAGACGUUGGAAAAACCUGAAGGUGCCCAAGCAGGAUGUACUGAAGUAGCAGGGGGUUGCAUGUGCAGCAUGAGAUUUUUUUUGCAGGAAACCAUCUCGUUUGUUGUUACAUACGAAUUUUGGUUAAACCAAAUGACAGUACCCUUUUUUAAGGGCUUGCGUUAGAAACAUCUCCCUCUGCUGUGUACAUCAAUGCUCCUGUGGUAAACGCCUGCCACCUCUCGCAGUUAGUUUUGUUUCAUGAUACUGUGGGAUUAAAUACUCUACCCUCAUAUUUCCAGGCAGUUUCCUUACAGAUGUUAUAUAUAACGACUCAAUAAAGACAAAUUUGAUCACUGUUUAA